GGCCCCCAUCUAUAACCUACAUGCGCUGAUAUAAAGGAAACCUACCAUCGUCUUGUCCCAUUUCCCAAAGACGGGAGUCCCCAAGGUGUUCGGGAGUAUUGUUUCGGGGGGCACUCUUCUCCUACAUCCCUCGGCCUGUGCUGUGCACGUAAUUACUCUACCUUGCCGUCAGGCUGACGGGGUUACCACAUGGAUCUCUCAAGAUGCCGGCCUCAGUGGUAUAUAUUGACCGAUCGAACCCAGGGCCGUCGCGAGAGCUCGAGUUUCCAAUCUUCAACCUCCACGAUCUAGCCGCGCACCAUUAUUUGGAUAACUCUGUUGGUCCUUGGAGCGCAUCGCGCUCAGCUGAAUAUCAUCAAAAAGUUCGUGGUGCGGAGUGGCUUCGCGCUACUCGGCUGGGAAAAGAUGUGACGUUUCCCAGUCGCUUGCUCUCCCCCAGCGGCGAAAGCUUCCGAACAGGUAGCCUAAGGCCGGAGUACGUCGUCAUAUCAUACACUUGGGGGCGAUGGAUGAAGAAAAAGAGAUAUAGGGAUACUCCUAUCCAAGGUGGCCAUUGGAAGGCGCCUUGGAAUAAGCGUUUUACCAGAGCAGAACUUGACUCGGCAAUUCAAACGAUUGCCAACGGCUCCCACGCCUGGGUCGACGUAUUCUGCAUUCCACAGAUGGACAAUGAUCCCGAGAUGGCCAACGAGAUCUCAAAGCAGGGCGAAAUAUUCCGGUCAGCAUCGCGGGCCGCCGUGUGGCUCGGGACCGGUGGAGAGGAAGUUCUUCGCGAAGUCUGUUCAUGGGUCCCAGACACACAGACAUUGAUAGUUCCGGAUACCCUGGCACUGGCGGAUAAGCAUAUGAACAGCCCGGAGCCUCGAUUGCCAGAGAAAAUCGCCGAGACUGUCCGACGUAUUAAACUCAUCUCGGAGUUCACGGAGCAUGUGCCUUGGUGCAACUCUUUGUGGACUCUACAAGAAGCGGCUCUCCGACCAGAGGCGCAAUUCUUCGACAAAGUAGGGAAACCUAUCCUCCAUGAUACAUCCAAAAAUCCUAUCACUAUACGACAUCUCAUAAACACAAUGAGGAACAUAGCGGAACGACUGGACGACCUUCUCGACGAAGACGGAUCAAUGGGCUAUAAUAUUUUCGAACAACCGUAUAUGUUCGGAUUCUCCGAAGAGGAGAGACAACUUGUUUUCCGAGCCAUCGAAACGGUUAAAACGGUCUCCCUCCAUUGGCUUACGACGAUGAAUGCUGGCGAGGUGCUCCUUGCUUCGACAAGCCGCAAGCCUUCGCGACUGCAUGACCGCGUUUAUGGCAUCAUGGGAGCCAUCGGCGCUCCGAUUCCAGUGAAAUACGACGAGGACGCAGACAAGGUCAUGAAUCAGUUUCUCGUCCAUCUACAUAACACUCUUCCGAUUGAAAUGCAGGCCUUCCAUCGCGAGUAUAGGCACCAAUACGCGGGGCAAGGCUGGCGAAUGGACCAUUUGGCCCGUAAGCUUACUCUUCUGCGUCAGGAAUCUCCGCCACCGAGGCCUGUUUUCACCGGUAUAUCCCCCGAUGGCGAACUUGUUAUCAAUGAACUCGAUCUUCUCUCGCCCAGUAGUUUUGCGGAGCUUAACUCCAGGGUUUUGGGGCGGAAUUUCUUAGCUGGUUUGGAUAGACGAGCCUUCGAGCUUGUCAAUGAUGGAGUGGUCUACACGAAAAGCUAUACUCUCGAUUACAUUAUCGGGAGUAUUAACUUUGCUCUCAUCUUGCAAGAUCUUUUCUCCAAGACCAACCUAGGCCUUGUUUUUCUCGGUUUCAUCACUGGUCUUGAGCAUGUUGCUUGGAGAUAUGCGUACCUUCUAGUUGCGUCCAAAUGCGGGGAGGGGGCAGCAACGGCGCCGCAGGGCCAACGGUUUCGUCGAUUGGGCAUCCUGAUUUUCAGGGAGGAAUUGCGGGCCGGCUCGCCGACAAAGGGAGAGUUCUUCAUUAUUUGAUACAACUGCUCAGUCACGAGCUGACCCUCCCCUUCGAUUGCGGAUCCUUCCAUUAAGAAUGACCUUCAAUGACUCCGCGUAGAGAAUCCAGCGUCUCGUG